CAGAGCCGGGGCUCAGGGGCACAGCGAGGCUCGGCCGGCGGAGCGGCGGCAUGCGGCGGGCUCGGGCCGCGGCGCUGGUGGCGCUGCUUGUGCUGCUCAUCGUGGCUGUGGUCAGAGCACAGGUACAGCAGGAGCCAUUCCUGGAGACCACCGAGGGCACCGGCAUCAACAUCACCUGCUCACAUCAAAAAAUCAGUACUAACGAUUGGAUCCAAUGGUACCGUUUGCUCCCGGGCCAAGCACCUGUACUCAUCGCACUUACUCUGAAAGAUACCAAAGAGCUGCCGGGCAAUGCAGGACUGCUGUUGGUGUCGGUAGAUCGGAGUUCCAGCUCGCUGUGGCUCGCUGAGCCCCGGCGCGGGGACGCGGCCGUGUAUUACUGCGCGCUGGGGGCCACGGGGAGAAAUAUAGAAGGGGGAUGGAUGACAGAGAAGCUUAUAUUUGGACCAGGGACAACUCUCACAGUUCUACCAAACAUUUCCAACACUUCUGACCCUCAAGUCAUUGUGAUGAAAUCAAAGAAACUGGAAGAAGGUGGCAGCUCUGGGAAAGCAGCUUGUUUGGCAAGGAACUCCGCUACAAAGAACAUCAGAUUGGAGAUGCCCUCUCAGGAGGUGGUCUAUGAACAGAGCCCAUCCAUUUUGACAUCACAGGGGUUGUACAAUGCAAUUAAAGUGGUCAGGGUGACAAAAGACACAGAGGUGACCUGCACGGCCAAAUUCCCCGACCGCACGAUAACAGCAGAGCCAGAAGAGGAGGAUGAAGAACCAAUAAAAGAGGCCAGUGAGAGGGUUUGCAACAGCACAAACAUCUCAGCACAAGAUGCUGGAGGGCAGAGAGUGAACAUGCUGUCCAUGGCUGUGCUGGGUUUGAGAGUCCUGCUGGCAAAGAGCAUCGCCUUCAAUGCCCUCAUGAGCAUCAAGUUGUUUCUUUUCUGAGACAUGGGGAACAAACCCAAAGAAGAGCAGGAAAGAACGUGAACCAGCAGCACAAGGGGUCUGAACAAGCAGGGCCAGAGCUGCUGACAGAGACCAGCCAGGACACGAGGCAGCACCUUCCCCUGAAGACACGCAACACUCUGCACUCCUGCCUGGCCAGCUGAUUUACACUGAAGAGUUUUGAGUGCUUUUCCUGUUUCCUCUCCUCUGAACACUGAGGAGAGUGGGUUUAUCCUCAUCCUCCUGCUAAGCAGAUCCCCCCAC